AUCUGUGACAAGGAGUGGCAUUACUACGUCAUCAACGUGGAGUUCCCGGUGGUCACGCUCUACGUGGACGGAGUGACCUACGACCCCUACCUGGUGACCGACGAUUGGCCCAUCCACCCCUCUCAGAUCGACGUGCAGCUCACUGUGGGCGCCUGCUGGCAAGGUGGGGAGGUGACGAAGCCGUGGUUCACUCAGUAUUUCCGGGGCAGCCUAUCCGGACUGACCAUCCGACCGGGGAAGAUCGAGAGUCAGAAAGUCAUUUCCUGUCUGCAGGCGUGCAAAGAGGGACUGGACAUCAACUCCCUGGAGAGCCUGGAUAAAAACAUUAAGUUCCACUUCAACCCGGCUCAGUCUAUCUUGGUAAUGGAGGGAGAGGACCUGGAAAACAUGAACACCGCUGUGAGGAAAGUCGCCUACAUAAACUCUCGUCAGUUUCCCACACCAGGCAUCCGGCGUCUGCACAUCUCCACCACCGUCCAGUGUUUUGGUGAAGACACUUGCAUCAGCAUCCUGGACAUCGAUGCGGUGGUGAUGGUGCUGCAGCCCUCUGAGCCCCGGAUCACCAUCACCGGCCUGGAGAGACUGAAUCUGCCGACCUCUGACCUCCAGGAACCAGAAGGAGUCGCUCUGUUCCAGGACCUCCACGUCAUCAGCACCGUCACCAGGGCAGACGCCGCUGCACAGCACACAGCACACCGACCGGGGGUGCAGGAGGAGAUCAUUCAUAACUUGGACUACUGUGAUGUUCUGGUUCUGGGCGAGGAGCUGAGGCCGGAGCAAGAGUCGCUCCAACUUCAGCGCAGCGCUCUGCUCGGGAAACAUCUGGACGCCACCAACUCCACAUCUGGCAUGUCCAUAUACGGUGUGGACUCCAUGUCUAACUACGAGCAGGUGAUCCGACAGGUGCGCUACUAUAACCUGCGGCCCGGUCAGAUGACAGAGAGACGGUUUCGCCUCACCUGCUCCGAGCUCAACGGACGCUACACCAGCAACGAGUUCGACCUGGAGGUGAGCGUGCUUCACAGUUCAGACGCAGGGGAGCAUGUCAAUCACAUGGUAGCCCCGCCUCAGUACAUGCAGGCGGUGCACCAUCCGUCCAUGAUGCACGACCUCUACCCCAGCCACAGCUCAGCCGUGCCCAGUGCUGCCACCCUGGUGAUCGUGAUGUGCAUCGCCGCCCUGGUGGUGGUGGUGGUGUUCGGGAUCUACCGGAUCCACCUGACCCACCAGCAGGAGGGGAGGCUGGGGGAGACGGCUAGAGAGGCGGAGGGGAGCUGGGACGACUCGGCUCUCACCAUCACCGUCAACCCCAUGGAGAACCUGAAGGAGCCUCAGGCUGCAGAGGAGGAGGAAGAGGAGGAAGAGGAGGAGGAGGAGGAAGAAGAAGAGGAGGAUGAUGAGGAGGAGGAAGAUGACAUCACCAGCGCUGAGUCAGACGACAGCGAGGAGGAAGUGGAUGUCCAGCUACCCAGGAUGCAACGCUCGAGCAAGACGGGCCAAAACUGGGACAAAACAACGAUAUCUUAUUGAAGCACACACUCACAGUCACUCACACACACACACACACACACACACACACACACACACACACACACACACACAUCCUGCAACACGGCCAUACUGAAACCUCAAAUCAGAUGGUGGAAACAAAAAGACUUUAUGUGAUGUUGAUGCUCUAAAUAUGAGGUAAUAUCCCCCCCUACUGGAACACUUCACUGAAACACACAGUCAGAAAAACCUCCCGUUUUAUACAGCUGAUAAGAAAGAUCUGACACUAAAACUGCGUGUCAAUCAAAUUACCUUUAUCCGUCUUAAAGGGACAGCGCGCCAAAUUUACGUCAUCCCCUGAGACUCAAAUGAUCUCUAUCCCAUUACACCACCACUACGUUAAAUAAAGUUUUAUUUAAUUUGGUCAACGUUUCCCACAGUGAGAUCUCUGAUAUCCCAUAUUAAUGCGAAACAGUCUUUAUUUAAGAAAACUGAGUUGCAAAAGCAAAAGAAGUGACUAUUUUUGGUUUGUAUACUUCAUGUUAUUUAUCAGUCUUUAUUCUAUAGCCUCUGUGGCAAAGCCAGGUGAUUUUACAGAAAUAGCAUAUUUUCAAUGGUACUCACAAAAAAAACAAAAAAUAUGAUCUGUGUGUAGUCAUGGUGAUCUAGAAAAAGGGGUCUGGGUUUCGGGGAAGGACAGAGGAGUCUCCUUGUACAUUUUUAUACGCUCCUUUCUUGUAAAUAGUGAGUAUAGUAGGUGACCCACCUCCCCCACCCCACUCCCAAACACCACUUUCUCCCCCCCAGAAACCCUCCUCUCCACCUGUAUACAACACACAUCCAUCAUAUGUAUGUUCCCACCAUGGACCGUGAGCAGGUGGGAAAGCUGCGCUGGGAACGUUUUAACAGACGUUUUCAGAUGUAGUCCAAAAGGUCGGAUUGAAUCUCCGUCUCAGGUGUGGUCACAGCAGCGAGGUCCGUAACGAGUACUCAUUGAAAGACAGCUACACCUUUAUAGCACCAUCAAAGUCCUGCUUUCAUUAAUGCUGCAUUGUAGAGAUGUACACAGUGAGGCAUCGUCACUUUUUAAAAGGGCAAUUCAUGUGUAGAGACAUCAGAGGGUCUACACAAAUUGAUUCGCAGACUGAAAACUCACCUGUUUCUACUGCAUCUUGCAGAGAUAGGAGAUGCAGGAUGGUUGUUCUUCAUGGUUGAAGGCACUUGUCACCAUGGAUAAAAGCAUCAGCUAACUGAAAUAAUAUAUAGUAAAUAAACAGGCCUUUGACAUUUGAAUUAAUGCAAGAUAAAAUGUAAAAAAACACUACAACUUGACAAAGAUAUAUAUUUUUGAGGCCAUUAUCAUUAAAUGAAUUAGAUCAAUUUUUACAUUUCGAUCAAGGAUAAUAUAGAAUAUCAUGUAAACUAUAUACUGAGUGGUUUUACAGUUAAAUGAAAUGUAGUUCGAAACACUAAGACACGUUUAAACUACGAAGAAAGACAAACCAACAAGAAAUGGUAUGAAAGGUAUGAAAGAUAUGCACACAGGCACACAUAUGUAAAUAAUAUUAAUAUAUAUUAAAAUAACAAAAAUAAAGUUGAUACAACUAGAGAACUAUUAUAAUUAACAGUAACUACUUUAAAAUAUAAUAAUAUCAAAUAUACAAUAUUAUAAAAGCUAUAUGAUUACUAUAAUGAAGUAUAAUGAGGUGGCACUGAUAACAGCUGAAUAAUGGGGCUAGUAAGGCAAUGAAUAUUUGAUUUACAGUCAUCAGAUGGCUCGAAACACAACUUAUUUAAACACUAUCACCGUAUCACUUUUGUGUACAACUUUUGUAAUUGACUGAUAAUGGUAGCUAGCUUAUGCUGCCAGAUCUCACAGAACAAACCGAGCUGUCCCAUGGGAACAUAAUAUUUGUUUGGACUUUACCUGCAAGAAACUUUUCCAACUGCUAACUUAGAAUGAAAUGCAGCGUUAAUGAAAGAAAUGUGGGUCUAGAGGUGAUGUCAGGCUACAUAAAUCCCAUUUCAUUAGCAGCAGUUGGUGCCGCUGAAUUGCAAAGUUGCCUGGUGCAACUUCAAUAUAAAAGGUGACGUGCAUUUGGCUGUGUCACAUCGACGUAAUGACAAAACCCAGCGGAGGGUUCCUCACCUUGAAGGGAAAGGGCAUUCAUCUCUGGCUGUGGCCGUCCUGAGUCCAGUCUGUCUGUAUCGUUUGGGAGCAAAGAAUCCGCAAACAAUAGAAAAAUGAGUACCAUGUGACGUGUUUAGUGGCUAAAGUCGGCCACAGAUAAAACCAGGUUUGUUAAACUCACGACCACUAGAGAGUUUCCUCCAACUUACUGUGUCUCAAUUUGCAUACUUUGAGUGCAUAAGUGCAGAAUUCACUAUAAGUACCCAAAUGGUGCACUCAUAACAUUUAAAAAGUUGAGUAAGGAACGCUGGACACUUCUCACUCUCAACAACCGCCAUCUUGGCUACUUAAUGCUAGUUCAGCUGCUAUUGUGGUUGCUUUAAUGAACACAGCACUAUACAAAUAAAAGUUAGACAUGUGGGUUUUAUUCCCCUAUUUACUAUAGAUGAGAGCAGCGCUACGUCACUAUCUCCAAAUACAUUGUUUCAUUGUUUGCCAGUCUGACCAUCGUAAUUGGGCUCCUUGUAGAUUCAAAAAAAGCGCAAAUCAGAAUCUGGAUUUACUGCCAAUCAAAUGACAGCGAGUCGUUUCACACAAAAAGGGGCGUGGCCUUACUUAGAGGAAAAGUAGUGGACGUGUUGCUCUCAUCUAAACCUACCACUAUACUGGUGUCGAAAAGAAGCCACCAUUACUUUUAUUGGGUGACUUAAGCAGCCUGUAAUGAUUUGCUACCGUGAAAAACGAGCUAGCUGGCUAACAACGGAAACCUCCACUUCCUGUGAGGGCACAGCAGCAGUCUUUUACAAUUUGAAACAUCACAACCCGGUCGAUAUCCACACAAACAACAUGGCAGUGUUUCAGUAAAGUAUCAGAUUGAGACACAGCUCUAGUGAGGUGUAGCUGGAGAACCUGCUGUAUGUUUAACUGUAGCUAUAUGUUCAUGUAAAGAUCUCAUAUGUUGUUUAAGAGUUUUCCUCAUCUACUGUGACACCUGUUCUCGUGCCGUCACCCCUCCUCCUUGCACCCCCCCUGAAACCUUUGGUGGAUUUUGCAUCGACCCCCGCCCUAAUGUUGUCCUGACGUUUGUUUUAGAAAGAGGAGGACCGUGAAAAUAACAUGGAUACCUUGUAUAAUGUGUAAAAGUUUUUUUUUUUUAAGUUUUCCGUUUUUUUUCCUGGACUCUUUGGUCUGUUUUUCUUUGGAAUGGUCACUACAGCACUUUCUGUAAAUUGGCCAAUAAAAAGUUGUUUUUGAAUCUA